AUGUUAAAAUUUUUUAUAUUCAUUUUACACAUAUAUUUAUACAUCGAUUCAAUAUAUGCAUCAGAAGUAAGCAAACAUUUAAAUCAUGAGAAAGAUGAAUUGAAAUAUGCUAGUCCAACAUUUGAUCCCAAGAAAGGUACCAAGGUUAUUUUUUAUAUGCCAGGAAAUGAAAAAGGUGUUAUAGGGAAUAAUGUACAAAAUGGACAACAUGGAACUCAAAGAAAUCCUUCUACAGUAUAUCCUGGGAGUGAAAUGAAGAAUGAAAAAACAGGAACAGCUAAUUCUGAAAUAUAUAAUAAAUCCCAUGGAUCUUCUAAUGAUAAUAAUGCAAAUAAUUCUCAAAAUAAAACAAUAAAUUUACAUAUGGAUGGAAAUAAUUCAAAUAAUAGUAAUUCUAAUAAUUAUGAUUUAAACAGUGAAUAUGAAAAAAUUAGAAGAAAAGAAGAAGAAGCUGCAAGAAGAAUAGCAAGGGAAAGAAGGGCAGAUAUAAAUAGAAGAAAUGAAGGUAAUAAUUCUAACAAACAUAAUAAUCAACAAUAUGGAGGAUAUGAAUCUGGUGCAAAUACACCCAAUAGUAGAGUAAAUAUAAAUAUAACAAAUAAUAGAACACAUAGAAAUCCACAUAAUACUAACACUGAUGGUCACAAUAAUAAUAUGUAUAAUACAAGUAAUGGUGAUUAUACUAAUGGUGGUUAUACUAAUGGUGGUUAUACUAAUGGUGGUUAUUCUAAUGGUGGUUAUUCUAAUGGUGGUUAUUCUAAUGGUGGUUAUUCUAAUGGUGAUUAUACUAAUGGUAUAAAUAACAAUAUGAAUGGUAAAAAUAAUUAUAAUACAACUAAUGGGGCAUAUGUUAAUGGAGCUUAUGAUGGAUUGAAUAAUGGAUCAUAUAAGUUAAUUGGUAAUUUAAAUAAUAACCAAAAUGUAGAUAAUUCUUAUAAUCAAAAUAAUGAAAAUGACAAAUUAUACACAUCAAAAUACAAUAUAAAUCUUCAAGAUAAUCAAAAUUCUUCAGAUAAUAACCCAAAUAAUAAAUCAACCUUUAACACAAAUAUCGAUUCAAGUAAAUCGGAAAGACCAUAUUUUGAUGUGUAUGGAAGAGAAUAUGAUCGUAAUAAAUAUAUUCCAUAUAGUAGAAGAAAUAAUUUAAACACAAAUCAAAAUGGAUCAACAAAUAAUGAAACAAAUAAUUAUAACACAAAUCAAAAUGAAUCAACAAAUAACGGAACAAAUAAUUAUAACACAAAUCAAAAUGGAUCAACAAAUAACGGAACGGAUAAUUAUAACACAAAUCAAAAUGGAUCAACAAAUAACGGAACAAAUAAUUUCAACAAUAAUCAAAAUGGAUCAACAAGGUAUGGAUCCAAUAGCAAAGGAACAUAUGGACCUAAUGGAACUCCUUAUUAUGUGGAACAUCAAGAAUAUGAUAAUGGAAAAUAUAUGCCUGACUUUCAUGUAAGAGAUUCCAAGGAUUCCAUUGGACCUGGAGGGGAUUACCAUAAUUUGUAUCAAAACACAUAUGGAAAUGAAAAGAAUCCAAAUAUUUUUCCAGGAAGUCCUCAUAAUAUAAAUGUAUAUUCUGUUCACCAUAAACCAGAUAAUGUUGCAAAUGGUGGUUUAAAUAAUGGUAUGAAUAAUGGUAUGAAUAAUACUAUGAAUAAUGGUUUAAAUAAUGGUAUGAAUUAUGGUAUGAAUAAUUCAGGAAGAAUUGGAUUAAAUAAUGUACAUCCUUCUAAUGAUAUACAUAAUAAUGGAACCGAAUAUAGUGUACACUAUGGAAACAGUGAUUCUAAUAAUACAAAUGAAAGUGUACAAAAUGAUUAUAGCGAUAGUGACUAUGAUGAUCAUAACUCAGGGAACAAAAAGAAAGUAUAUAAAAGUAUAUCCGAAAGGAAUAGAAAAUCUGCUUCUCAAGAUGGUUCAGAAUUAGGAUAUAGUGACAGCGAUAGUGAUAGUGAAUACGAAGUAGUAAAUGGAGAAAAUAAAAAAUACAGAAAUAAGUAUAAGGGAAAUAAUGAAAAAGAUAAAUAUGAAACUAAUUGGGAUUCCGAUAAUUAUAAUUCUGAUAAUGAAAUUAAAGAUGGUUAUUUAAGUGAAUCUGAAAGAGAAUAUGCGAGAAAGAAAGCGAAUGAAAUUGAAGAUAAAAUGAAUAAAGGGGAAUAUUCGAGAAAAUAUAAAAAUGGUAAAUCGAAUGCAUCCAGAUAUGAUACAACACAAACAUCCGAUUCGGAUGAUUCUGAUAUUGAAGCAAAUGCGUUUUAUGUAGAUAAUGGACAAGAAAUGUUAAUAAAAGAAAAAGAACAUUAUUCAAGUGAUUCAGAAUUUCAUAAUGAAGAAUCUGCUUCUAUUGGAAAUUUAAAUGUAUAUUUCCCUGCUGAAAAUUAUCAUUUUUCAACGUAUAUGGGAUUUGAUAGAAGAUCCUUUUUACUCUCCAAUGAAAUUGAAUUAGAAAAAAUGAUUGGAGCAAACUUUUCAAAUGAAGUCAAAAAUUAUUGUAGCCGUCACAAUGUUGCACAAAAAAAAGGAAGCUAUCUUGAUAUAUCAUUUGAAUAUUCUAGAGCAUUAGAAGAAUUAAGAUCUGAAAUGCUCAUAGAUUUUAAUAAACGUAAACAUUUAACAAAUAAUACUGAUGACACCAUUUUACACAUGAUAGAAAAUUCAGAGAAAAGAAAAAAUGAUACUAAUUAUAAAGAAACAUAUGAAGAUAAAGAUUAUGCUAAUAAUGCUAAUAUUUUUAUGAAUGAAUAUAGUAAUCCAUUAAGUGCAAAAUAUAAUAAAAUAUUAAAAGAAUAUCUUUGCCAUUUAUUUGUUAAUAAUCCUGGUACUAAACCAUUAGAGAGAUUGUAUUAUAACAGUUUAGCAUUAGGAGAACUUGUUGAGCCAAUUAGAAAUAAAUUUAAAAAUUUAGCAUCAUCUACAAUUGAUUUUAAUUAUGAAAUCCAUAUGGCCUCGGCAUCUAAUAUAUAUUUACUUGCACAUUUCUUAGUAUUAUCCUUGGCAUAUCUUUCAUAUAAUGAAUAUUUCACGAAAGGAACCAAAUCAUUUUAUUCAUUGCCAACCAUACUUACAGCUAAUUCUGAUAAUAGUUUUUUCAUGUUAAAUGAAAUGUGUAAUAUUCAUUAUAAACCCAAUAAAAAUUUCAAAAAAGAUAUAACGUUUAUACCUAUUGAAUCAAGGCCUAAAAGAUUUACAACAUUUUAUGGUGAGAGAAGAUUAACAUGUGAUAUAUUAGAAUUAGUAUUAAAUGCUAUUAUGUUAAUUAAUGUUAAUGAAAUAAACAAUGUAUUUUCUAAUAAUAAUGUAGAUGGAUAUGAAAAUUCCUUAUCGUUUUCAAAUAAUGCUAUUAGAAUAUUUUCCAAAGUAUGUCCUAAAAUUAAUAAUGAUAAUGUAUUAAGAUGUGAAUUUGAGGAAUCAAGUUUAUAUAAUCCUAAAAUUAUUAAGAAUGAUAUGUCAGAAAAAUCCAGUCAAAAGAACUUAAAGAAAGCAUUUGAUUUAUUAAGAACUUAUGCUGAAAUAGAAAGCAAUACAGCUGAAGGUAACACAAGUCCAUAUUAUGUAAGUCUUAUAUUAGAUGAUAUGAAAUAUAAUGAUUUCUAUAAAUAUACCCUUUGGUAUGAACCUAGAGAAUUAAUAUAUGGAGAUCUGAAAGGUAUGCGAAUGACGAAAAAGAAGAAUACAAAAUAUAUAUAUAACGAUUUUAUAAAAAAAAGUAACAAAUUAAGAAAGAAUUUAAUAAAAAAUGAUUUAAAAUAUAAUUUAAAAAGUAAAGGAUUAGUAUUUUUAUAUGCAAUGAUUGAUAAAUAUGGAAGUAUAUUAAAUAAAAGUCAAAAGACAAAAAUUCAAUUUUUAAAUAAUACUUCAUCUAUACGUUAUUAUUUAUAUUUAAACAAAGUAAUAUUCAAAUCAGCUAAAACGUAUUUAGAAAUUAUGAAAAGAGUAUUAAAAGAAUUACAAAUGUCUACUAAUACUCCAAUGAAAUUUCUUGUUAGAGGAAAUUAUAUAGACAAUUUAAAUAAUAUUGCUAGAAAUGAUAAUAUGUUUUAUGCAAACUUAUUUGUAUUAACAGCAUUAUCUAGAAGGGAUCCAGUAAAAGAUUAUUAUAGUGAUAAAAGGAAAAUGUUGUCUGCAACAUUAUCUGAGAAAUUUGCUAAUUCUACAUCUAUGUUAAUACCUCACAAACUUAGAAAAUUAGUUGUAUCUAUGAAGAAGGGAUUCUUAAAAAAGAAAUUACUUACAUCAUUGGCAAAGAUAAAAUUAUUACAACAUAUACCUGCACACAUGUUAGAAAAUAUAACAACAAGUAUACGUUUCACAACACAUACCAUAGCAACUAUGCAAAUUAUGCAAAACGCUAAAUAUAUGUCUAAGAACAAUUACUCUCAGUAUGAUAAUAAGGGUAUGUUAGCUAGACAAAUAUUCACAAAUGGUGGAUUUGCAGAAUAUGCAGAUAAUUUAAUGGCCAAAUGGUUUUCUAAAGGUUUUGAAGAAUAUAAAAGAGAACAAAUUGAAAAUUUCAAAUUGGAAAAUUCGAUCAAUUCUGAAUUAAGAGAUUCCGAAAGGGUUGAUGAAAAUGAUACAUCAGAAGAAAGUGCCAAGAAGAAAUUAAAAGAUCUUGAAUUAGAAGAAAGAGAAAAAAUGAAAAAAGAAAAUAGUUUCUUAUUUAAUCAAAGUGAUAAAUGGGAUCAAUUUAUAAAUAAGGAACUUGUUAGAGCCUUAGGUUUAUGGUUAGAAUUUAAUGAUAAUCCAACUAAUGCAUCAUCUUUUGUUUAUAAAUUAGUACAAGAUAGUAAAUAUUUAUUAGAAAAUAACCUAGAUAAUAAUAUUCUUUUUUCUAGAACAGUUAAACCAACUAAACAAACCGCUUUCAGAAGAUUCUUUAAUAAAAUAUUAUCUCUUGGAAAUAUGCUUUUAAGAAAACCUAGUUUUAGAGUAGAACAUGCAUUAUGGUUUGGUGCAACUAUAGAUAUAAAAAAAGCAUUUAUAUUAUUAGAAAAAGUAAGUGAAUUACAUAAAAUGUUAAAUAAUCACGAUGAAUCCUGGUUAAUUAAUGAAGCAUUUAUAGAAAUUGUUGAUCAUGUGGUAGAUUUAAGUACAUAUAAACAUGUAAGAGAACCAUUUGGUGUAGCAAGAAAUCCUGGAAUGAUGGCAAUAAAUCCUAAAUAUGCAGAAUUAUCUCAUGAAAAUAGACUUAGAGAAUUACAAAAUUCUAUGUGUGCUGAUCACUGUUCUUCUGUAUGGAAAGUUAUAUCUUCUUUUGCAUUACACCAUUUAAAGAAUCCUGAUAGCUUACAUACAUAUGAAAGUAAGUUUUCUAAAAAUUCUUUUGGUAAUAAAAUUGAUGAUAAAGAUUUUGUUCACAAUUUUAAGAUGAUACUAGGAGGAGAUGCAGCUUUACAUUAUUUUGAUAAUUUAUUACCAAAAACAAUGAAAAAAGAUUUGAAAGCAAUGAAAUAUGGUGUAUCAUUAACAUCUGCAUUUUCACUCAAAUUAACUAAAAUAAUAUUCAGUCAAAUGCAAUUACCUUACUUAAGUCAAAUGUUUUAUAUGCAAGCUCCAUAUUUUGGUCAUUUUAUAGGAAAAUGGCAAAAAGAAAGACAACAAAGCAGACUUAAAGAAAUCAUGUCUUUUAUGACUCUUGGUAGUUUAUCUGCUUAUACACUUUUUAGUGCUAUGGAUAUAACACAACAAGCUAAAGAUAUAGGUACAGGACCAGUAGCGACCUGUUUUGCAACUAGAACGACUCCUCCACAACAAAUAUGUUUAAAUUCAGUUGUUAGUACCACAUUAACUAAUUCUACUCAAUCAGCUAUGAAAUGUGUUUUCUCUGUUGGUCUCUUCGCAUCUAUAGGACCAUACUUAUUUGCUCCUAUGGCAGGUCUAGCUGUAUGGAAAAUCUUAAAAUCUGAAUUCAAAGUUUUACAAAGAAUAGAUAUGGCAUUAAAAAAUGUUUUCAAAAAUAUGUGGAAUAAAUUCUUAUCCCUAAAAGGAAUUAGUAAAUUAAGAGGUAUUUUUAAGAGAAAGAAAGUCAUGAAAAAGAAAAUUAUAGAAAAUGCCACUCGUAAAAUGAAUGAAAUGAAGAACAACCCAGAAAAGGCCAAGGCUCAUCAAAUGGCCCUAAAAAAAAAUAAUAACUAUUCUAAAGGAACCUACCAUUAUAUAUCAUACGCAAAAAUAAAAAUAUAA